AUGCCGAACAGUAGUAAGGGAAUCUGCAGUGUCAAGGCCUCGUACCACUCCGGCAUCGAAUCAUUGCCCACGUUGCAGCCAAAAACUAAACAGCCACUUAAUCUCGUUGGCGAUGUCUCUGGUCGGGUCGCAAUCAUCGUUGAUGACAUGAUUGAUGAAUUGGAUCAGUUCUGUCGGGCUGCUGAAUUGCUUCAUGAGAAAGGUGCCAAAAAAGUAAGCUACUUUGAACUAUACACAGUUCAGGAAGUCUGUCAAUCUGACCACAGAUUCAUUCAUGACUUAUUUCGCGCUUGGGUAAUUAUUGCAUUUUUGUUGUUGCUUGGACAUUUUUGA